UCGAAUUGAUACGUGUUAAAUAUGAUGAGAAGUUUGCCCACUUCCGUGGAAAAGCUUGUGCCAAGAUUGCAACAUCGGAUUGAAUUUUAUUUCGAGCCAUAAACGCGGUAUAAUCUCCUGUCAACCAACCAUGUCACACUGCUAUUUAACGAACCCAUAAGCAUUUAAUAGUCAAAUUGUAAAAUAUAUAAUAUUGAAAAUUUAUGCCCAUGAGUUUCAUGCAAAUGAGCGUGUCGAGAUGGCGAAGACACAUUAUUGCUGGUAUAUACAUACAUAAUUUUACUCGGUAACCGCAGGUGAACCGCAACGAAUUGGGCCAUUUAAUAAAUGAUCGUAUCGCGUUUUUGAUGUUGUACCAUGAAAUUUUCCAUUUCUACGCAAACUAUCGGAUUCUAGCGAAUAUGAAAUUUCUUGAAAGUACACCUCAAGUUUUAUGCGAGGACGAAAAAAGGUCUAUCGCUGGAUUGACAAGUUUUUGUCAGUGUGAACGAGACUUUAGUCGUUGUUCAAUUGUCAGAGGCUGCGGAGAGCUUUCCUGCUUCCCGCAGGAAUCGGUGCCCAUGUAUCGUCAAAAAUAAAGAUCCUCACCAUCGCGACAAAUAAGAACAUCCGAAAAAUUCGCUACGUUAGGAUACGUGGAUACACGAUGUUACCAUCGCCAUUUUGAUGUCCACCGAUCAGCUCGAUGACGAUAUCGCGAACGGUACAGAUCAGCCCGAAGAUAAGCACGUCCUGGUGGAAAGACGUGAUAUUCUUCGAGAGAUAACCACCGAUCCGAAACAGUGUUACAGAACGAAGGACGAUUCGAAGGACAACAAUAAUGAAUCUCGUAUCUCAGGCGAUAUCUGUCGAAUAUGUCACAUGGGCGGUUAUCCGCGGAACGAGGAGGAUCGAGGGACUCGUACGAGACAGAGCAGAACUGUGGGACAGGUUGACAGCGAGACAUCGACAAUAUCCUCCUACUCGUAUCUCGGUCCUUUGAUCUCAGCUUGCAAGUGUCGCGGAACAGUGGCCCUGGUACACGCGGAGUGUCUCGAGAGAUGGUUGACGGAAUCGGGUCACACGAGGUGCGAGCUUUGUGGUUACAAAUACGCUACUAAAAGGGUGCCGCGUUACAAUAUCUUUAGGAGUAUCGCGAUAUGGUUCAAUACCGUGAUAGUGACCCGACAGAUGUUCUUGGAUGUGCUUUAUCUAAUUGUCACUACACCGUUGGCUCUGUUUUCUUGCUAUAUUUGCGCACUGGCUCUAAGAAUGUUGAUAAAAAACAGAUUGCACAAUGUACCAUGGAUGAUCGUCGCUAUGCUUCCAACCUGUUCCCUAACUUUGGUCGCCUAUUGGGGCUGGAUAAUAACUUUGGGCAGGUGCAAGGGAGGGAAGGAUGUGUAUUGCAUAGUGUGCACGUGAUAAGAUUGAAAAUCGAAUUCCACGAGAUGAUAACGUAUGUCGGCCACGGGAACGAAAACGAUGGAACUGUGCCAAGGAACACGAUUUAACGUUCAUAUUGUAUGCGAGCCUCGCCGAACGAAGAGACCAAUCGACAGCCAAGUAUAUUUAGAAUUUUUCAACGAGUUCGAGGUCAGCUUUCUUUCUUCCGAAUUUAUACCGUUUAAAAAUCUUUACGACCUGAUAAUUGUAAUCCACUUCUAUAAGAUGGUUUGUUUAAAAAAAAAAAAUUCAAGUGCAGCGUUUUCUUCGUCAUACACAUUACUCCACAUUGCAAGGGUUACGUCAUGGGACACGGUCCACGGAACCAACGUGCAUGUUCACGACAAAAAUACAUGAAAUUCUACCGGUUGGUGGUAUUAUCGAGGAUACUUAAUGAAUUUAUUGCCUCUGGCUAUCUACGCACAACGUGUAACAGUCAAUUUGUUUCUUCUCGGAGAACGAACGCGUCGAGGAGGAACUUUUGCUAGAACUUCUAGGAAACGUGAACGAGAGAAAGACAACAUCUUGUCUUCGGCGCAAAUAUUGGUGAAUCCAUGGGAGAUUUAUCGCUCCCGUGACAAGGACCUACCGCAACGUGCUACAUGUUCCAACGAACCUGUCACGAUGCAGUUCACCGGCCCGCGAUGCUUGUACAAGCGGCAAAUAAAAAUCCAUCCAAGGACUUCCUGUUGAUUCAACAGGAAAUUUCUUGCGCACAAUUCCGCACAAUUCGUUCUUCUGACGAAUAGAAUGUUUUUAGAUAUUUUGCAACGAUGUUCAAAUAUCACCUUGGAAUAUUUGUUAUCAAAACUUUGUGAAAAAAAUAAAUAAUGAAAACCUCUGC